AUGAACUAAGAAUUAAAUCAGCAAUAAAAUUCAAAGUUUCAUAUAAAUCUAAUGUAGAAAUUAUGUUAAAAAGCUAUGAUUAAAUGUUAAGAGGAAUAGAUAAACCAAAAAUUUUAUUACAUACCCAAAAAAAGAGUAAGCACAAAUUGUAAUAAAUAAGUAAUGAAUUCCCUGUAAUAACCUUAAACAGAGAGAAUGAGCACUGAGAUCUCUUAAAAAUAAAGAAGAAUAAUUUUUAAUAAGAAAAAUAAUUACUGUUGGAGCAGUUAGGAAAACAUUAACGAAAAAAAUAAAUAAAUAUCAAAUUUAUCUUUAAGAGCUUUAAAAGAUGAAUGCUAAUAAAAAGAAUAAAUAAGGUUCCACAUUCCAAAAUUGUCAUUAGGAAAUGAAAAAUAAUUGAGAUUAAUCUAGUUGAAUAAAUAGCUCUAAAGUUUAACAAGCAGACAAACAGUGAGAAGACAAGUUUCUCCAAUUAAUUUAUAAUUAAGAAAAGUUAAUAAUGUUUGUUUGAUUUAAAAUAGAUAAAAAUAAUUAGACUAAAUGUUUGAAGCAUAAAAGAAGAUAAUGAAAUACAUAAUUCAUUAAGAUGAAUAUUUUAAUGAUGCAUUAAUCUAAUUGUAGAAGUCCAUUAGUUAAUGA